AUGCACACAUCGUCAUUCUUUGUUCUCGCCCUUGCGGCCAGCCCGGCUCUCGGCCGCAAGUGCAGAAACCGCAAUACUCUGCUCUCUGCCACUACGCAGAUUCCCACCACCAUCGUCUCUGUGCCAUCCAGCACCAAUGCGGCUCUGCCAACUUCUGUUUUAACCAGCUCAGUCUACCAGAGCUCAACUCUGGCUACUGUCAUCAGCUCCGCAACAAAGAAGGUCGCUAUCCCCACUUCGGCGGCAUCAACUCUGGUCGAGAUCGUAGAGACAACCCCUUUGCCUACUUCGAUUUCCACCUCGGCGACGUCAACUCUGGCCGAGACCACAGAGACAACCCCUUUGCCUACUUCGACUUCCACCUCAGCAGCAGCAGUUGCAACCACGGUAGCUAGUACAGUCGCCGAUAGCGACGCAGUCAGCGGCUCGGCCACCUUCUACGGCGGUAACGUGGCGGGCGGCACAUGCUCUUUCACAUCUUACACCCUGCCCUCCUCGCUGUUUGGCACCGCCUUCUCCGGCUCGUCCUGGGACACUGCGGCUCACUGCGGUCAAUGUGUCGAAGUGACUGGUCCGGACGGUGACAAGUUGACAGCCAUGAUCGUCGACCAAUGCCCCGAAUGCGAAGCCAGCCACCUAGACCUCUUCCAAAAUGCCUUCGAGACGCUAGCCGACGUAUCAAAGGGCGUCAUCGACAUCAGCUAUGAGUUCGUAGAGUGCGGCAUCACGACGCCCAUCUCGCUGCGCAACAAGGAGGGCACAUCGGCCUACUGGUUCAGCAUGCAGGUCAUCAACGCCAAUGUCCCUGUGACGAAGCUCGAGGUCAGCACCGAUGGGGGGAGCUCCUGGACUGCGACAGAGCGCCAAGAGUACAACUUCUUUGAGAACCAGAGCGGGUUUGGAACGGAGACGGUGUCCAUCAGGAUUACUGGCGAGGGUGGUAAGACGAUUGUGGUCGAUAAUGUUAGUAUCGCCGCGAAUGUCGAGGUGACGGCGGCGUCGAACUUUUAA